CUCUGUGUGUGUGUGAGUGUCUCUCUCCCGCUCCCUCUGAUUCAGUAUGAGCGCUGCGGCGGCGCUGGAGGGCUGCAGUGUUCCUCAGCUGUGCUGGUUACUGCGAUGAAUGGUAACACUAUCCAGCAGACCACGAGCAGCGUGCCACCCAUAGCGCCCCCCUGUGGCUGGAGGGAGUUCUGUGAGUUGCACGCAAGUGCCACGGCCCGGGAUGUGGCCCAGCGGUACCGGCGCUUCGCCAGGACCCGCCCGCCACACGAUGUCGUCCCUCCGGAGAGCUUCAGCCGGCACUUCAUUGCGCUGUUCCAGCAGCACUUCCGCAGCGAGGUGGCCAAAGAUGUCCCGUCUCCGCCACCACCUCCCAUGAUGACUGGCCGCUUGCGCAUCACUUCCUUUUCUGGUGCGCUGGACUACCGGGAGCCAGGGGGCGCCGCCCUAUUGGGUGUCCUGUCCCCCAAACCGGACAUGGUGACCGUGGCCCGGGAGCAGGAGCAGCCUUUGCGCUGUUCGUCUAAUGACACUACAAACAGAGCUCUCGGCCACGCCCCCGAAGAGGAAGAUGAGCUCCACCCGCCGCGCUCUGAUGUCACUCAUUUCAGUCAGUUCCGUCAAAGCAUACGCCGGUUGUUCAAGAAGCGGCCUCCUCCCGAGGACCCUGCCCAUGGUGGGUCUGGGAACGAAUCGGAAAGGAGCAGCGUGGCCUCGGGGACGGCAGAUCGGGCCUCUCCGUCUCCCCCUCAGACGCCAGUAGCGCCCCCUAGUGGCUCACACCUGCUGGGCCGUUUCAGACUUAGCCGCCUGAAGCGGCCGCAGAGCACAAAGCGGCGGCAGGACAGCGGAGGCACGUGUAAGGAUGGGCAGCUGAGGUACCUGGUGGUGGACGACACUAUCUCCGACACAGCGCCACGAUGGCUGCGCUGCCGUCUGCUGGUCAGGAGGACCAGCGACAGGUUCCAGCUGGAGCUCUAUGAUCCACCCAAGUGUUCUAGUCCGAAGCUGAAGGCACGCUGCUCUGACAUACUGGAGAUUCGACGCUGUAAUCGACUGGAGAUGCCGGACAACAUGAACACGUUCGUAUUAAAGGUUAAUCACUAUCCGGGCAGUUUUAUAUUCGAGGCAGAGGACGAGCAGCAGGUCAGCUCCUGGACGUCAGAGCUGCAAGGGUGUUUCAGCACCAGGGCCGACAGUGUGGAUCCAGAGUUACUCUGCUUUCCUGUGGGUGAUUCUGUAGCAGCAAUGCGAAGGGGGAGCACAGAGUCUGGCAGCCAGAGCUCUCCGAGCUUCGGGCUGGAACAGGCGUACCAUAAGACAGAUCACUUUCUGUCGUCUUACCCAUGGUUCCACGGUCCGAUCUCCCGGGUCCGGGCCGCCCACCUGGUUCAGCACGCAGGGGUGGGAGGUCACGGGAACUUUCUGGUCAGACAGAGUGAGACGCGGAGGGGAGACUACGUCCUGACCUUUAACUACCAGGGCAGAGCCAAGCACCUGCGUCUGUCUCUGACAGAGUGGGGUCAGUGUCGAGUCCAGCACCUCCGUUUCCGCUCCGUAGUGGACAUGCUUGCUCACUUCCGCGUCUAUCCAAUCCCACUGGAGUGUGGGGCGGCGUGCGACGUCCUGCUGGCCAAUUAUGUCCUGGCCACUCCCACCCACUCAGGUCAUUGUUCUGCACUGGGUUCUCCAGUGCUGGUGCCUUUCUCUCGCUGCAGCUCGGAGCCCAGCUUGGCUCACUGUGGCCUGGAUCUGUUUCCUCCUACGCCUCCUUCCAGCGCCCCCCCAACUGGGGCCUCCAACACUCCUCUGCACCACCAGCCACUGCCAGACCGCCCAGGCCCCUCCCCCGACCGUAUAGGCCCCGCCCCCCUCCGCCGUAGCGAGUCUGUGGGCCGCCGGACUCUCCUCCGCCACCCCAACCCCCUCCCCCCUCUUCUCCACAACCGCGACUCAGAUUAUGAACUGGAGCCACCAGACAGGGGGCGCAAGAGAGCCAUCGACAAUCAGUAUAUGUUCUUCUGAGGGAGAGGGCAAUGAAGAAAGCAGCCAGAGCACAGGACGUCCGAUUUGGGGACAGAGAGCUCUCCAGGGUGCUCCUCCAGUAGGGGGCGCAAGAGAAGCCAGCAGAUACCCAGAAUUCUGUGGUGCAGGGAGAUGAAGGAGAGAGGGGCCGUAUGUCAAUUUGUUCUUAAAGUCUUCCGCUAAUCACUAUUUGUGGGGGUCUGUGUGAAAGGCCCAUUGUUGCAAAGGUGGAAGUGGUCCAAAAGGCCCUCCUUGAGCAAAGCUGCAAUGGUGCAGGCUCGAAAAGCCAGGCUCCCACUUUCCUGUUCCAUUAUUCAUUGCUCCUGGAGUGUCAUUUUAUGUGGAAGGUCACUCAAGAGUGACGUGGGAAUGGGGCAGAUUGAUAAAGGUCCAGGGAACCGAAUGAGUGUUUCUGUGAGCAAGCCAACGUGCCAGAUACACUCUUCCUCUUGCGUUAGUGAGAGGUCUGACAAUCAUAUCCUCCUUGAAUGUAUUUUAAAUUUUUUGUCACUAUUAAGUAGAGAGGCGUGGUGGACAGGAGACAGCAUCCCCAGAGUAAAGCCUUUCCAUUCUGGUCAACAAACACUGAAAACCUUUGGUGAUUGUUGGGACUCUGUAGAGCAGGGGUACCCAGCUCCAUUCCUGGAGAUCUACCAUCAAAAAGAGAUUAGUUCCCUCACAUUUGAUAUUCAGAUGAUCCUGAAGACCAUGAUUGGUGUUGAAUUAGGUUAGGUUGGAUCUAAGGACAGCAGAUCUUCAGGACCAGAAUUGGGCAUCCUCACUCUAGAGCAUUGCUUCCCAAUGCAGAUCUCAGGGCCCACUAGACCUGAGAUCUUCAAAUCCAUACCUUGAAUCCAGUUUCCAGUCCUGGGUUUUUCAGCAAUGGUAGGUAUGACACUAGAUGGGCAAUUUGUAACAUCAACAGGUCAGUUAGGUACUAGUAAUUAAUACUGGACCGGAAACUGGUUUCAAGAUCCAUAUUUAAAAACCUCUGCACUAGAGGGUCUAUGUUAGUCUCCUUAAUAGCUUGGUUGUGUACAAAUUUGGACUGUCUAGUUGGCUCCAAGGACUAGGUUGAGAACCACUGCUCUACAAUGUUAUUCCCCCAUUCACAGUGGUUCACUGGGCUUGUCAGAACUUUCCAAAGUCAACAUUAGCAGUUGAUGCCAUUUGUAGGUAUUCAUCUGACACUAGUGGCACAGUUACUAGUGAGAAUAUGAUGUAUGAGGCAGGGACAGCAAGAAUCAGAGUCCCAGACCUCAGCAACCCACAGCCACUUCAUAUUUCCCUUGUGUUCCAGCCCCCUGACUCAGGUGAUCGAGGGCUCAAGAGCAACAUCUACCUGACCUGGGUGCGCUGGGACCUGGAAUAGAACCCAAGCAUAGAUUGGGGAUGUGGCCAAGGAUGUGAUCUCUGUUGUGACGUGUCAGAUGGGGGGAUAACUGAAUGGAUUUUGAAUGUUGGACUUGGGAAGGAAAAGGGUCUCAUUUAUGAAAUUUGUUCGGAAUGCAUAAAUUCGCAAAUUCUAUUUAUUUUCACUAGAAUAUACUAUCAUUUUCCACAGUGGUUACUGUGAGGACAAAUCUGUAAUCUUAGUCUUGUCGUGGAAGUUUAUUUGCUUGCACUCCCUGGUUCUUCACAUUUUUUGAUGUAUGCAUCAAAAGCAUGAAGAACAAAGAGGAGGGUUCUUGAGUGGCACAACGGUAUAAGCAUUGGCGUAAUCAUCUGGAAACUUGUGAGUCCGAUCCCCUGAGAUGCCAUAGCCAUCCGUUACUGCGAGUCCAAGAGAGCAUGAUUGGCCUCGCUUGCUCGGGGUGGGUAGGACUAUCCUCCCUCUUCCCCGGGCAUUCAGUGCAAUGCUAGCCAACAUGGGUGAUGUUAGCAGUUAGGCAAUUUGAAAAGAUGUGGUGGCACUUAAUGUUGGUAGCAUUGCAUGAUAGAGGGAGACUUAGUUAGUGGCUGGGAUUAAAGUAUCGAUAUUCAUGAGCUUCCUUUGAUGUUGUCCAAAUAUAAAUCACAGAAUCUGUAGAACCAGGGAUUGCCUGCAAAUAUCUUUAGAUCUCACAAGCUUGUGUACAAAUAACAGCUUGUUUACACCAUUUUUGACAAAACAGAGUUUCAUUAUAAGAUCAGAUCCAUGGAAUUUAGGAUCAAAUGCAUACUCGCAAACCUUUUAUAAAUGAGAUCCAAGGCCUCUUAAACCAUGACAGUGUUUAACCCACUUACGCUCACCCACACAUUCAGAAUGUGCAUUUUAACUCCAGCUUAGAUAAAGAGAUUGUGCCAGCAUGCAUUGUAAUUGGGUAAGCUAAUAUUUGUUGCCUUAGACAACAACCAAAGACUCAUAGGCCAGUAGAUGCGAUCUGGUAAUGUCGAUGAAUCUGGCAGAUAGUAGGAGUCCUGUGGUUGGUGGACUGUCAAACUUGAGACAGUUAUAAUAGUAUAAAGUGCUAAACUUAUAUUGAAGGACUAUUAGCAUGUGCCUUAGAGAACUCGGUGAACAAAGAUCAUGGCCAAAGAUUUUUUAGUUCAGCCUAAUAAUAUCUGACUGUUGUUCACAGGUAAGCUGAGGUAACGCAUUCGCAGUUUUUUGUGUUUGAAGUGUUUGAGUUGUUUGGUGAUUCAGACCAAAAGCUGUUGCUUUUCUACCACAUACGUGCACAAAGAACAGUCUAAGUAAGACAUCCUGAAUUGUUGCUCUCAGCUCUGAAAUCACAAAAUGCAGAAUUAAACCAAAAAAGCGAUCAGGUCUGACUCAGUCUUAAAGCUAGUAUUAGAUAGAGUAUUUCUUAGCAUUGUUAGUCAAUCCAGUGCUCUAGUUUCCAUCGUGUGGAUUAGCAAAGCACUACAGUUGCAACCGAGUGUGACAGCUAACAGAUUUCAGGUUCAGUUCAGGUGAGGAGAUCCGAAAGGUCAAAUCAGAUGAAGAUGAAGUCCAGUGACACAUCGGGAAUGAAUUGAUAGAUGGUCUUGCUAACAGCUACCUUGUCUUAAACGUUAGCUUUCCAGAAAGCUAAGAGAAGAUCUGAAAUAUCGAAUCAGUUAUAGAAAGGUUUUCCGGUGACACAUCAGAAAUAAAGGUAAAGAUGGCUUUCUUGUUGUUCUUGUAGGUUAGCCACAUUUUCAAUCUGGCUAACUUUGCCUUUAACGAGAAGGGGACAGCAGCGCCCCUUCUGGGAUAGAGUGCAAAAGAAAUUUGACCUGUACAAGAUCAUUUGAAUACAGUCUUGACUUAAUAUUAUAUUUCUUGCAUAAUCAGAGUCUGCGAUCAAAAGUCACAAAUCACAAUGGUUUAGCUAAUCAGCCCUGCGAAAGAAAAGCAACGGUAUCUUGCAGACCCUCACGCUCCUCAACCUGCUUUUCUCACCGAAUUGUGGGAGCAGUGUCUCGAAAGGCAUUGUGGUGCAGAGAUCAUCAUAUGAGUUUCCCUGAAUCGGGUCACUGCGAUGCUUUUCAGAACCGGUUCCCCUGCUGCCUAGCACAUGGUUUCUUCUUGGAUAUUUUCAGUCAUCAAUUUUUCUUGCCGUAGUUAUCACAGGACGCAUUUAUACCCCUCUCAGUUGCAUUAAUUGACAUUUUACGUUUUUAUACAGUGAAGCAAUAAGUUUUUAUAUUCUGUUUGAAUGGAAGUGCCAACUGUAUCCACGAUUCACUACCUCGCAAUGCAUUGUGGACUGUGCGUUCUAGGUGGACUGUUUUCUGAUUGGACGGUGAUGGGGAGAGGGGUGGGAAUCAGUCAAUUCUCUUGUUGGAGUUUUUCCAGAUUAAAUAAUUCCUUAAAUUGUCGUGCUGCUUUGCAAUUGACCCUGAAUGUCUAAUGUAAUUGUAAAACACUUGUUUUAUGCACAAACAAUAGAUAAUUUGUACAGCUGAUUUGAUUUGUAUGUAUGUAUACAGAUUGAAUUUCAACACGCCUGACAGAGAACAACAGCAUAGGGAGACGCCCGCAACGUUUUGCCAAUAAUAUUUAAUACCCCUGAAGUUCUCGGUCUGGACUUUUAAGACCCUUUCAGGAGUCCACAUUCUUGUUCUGUCCCCAAAAUCCUGACAUACCUCAGCCGAUUGAUCUAGGUCUGCUUCAGGGGUGCUAUGAGCUGGAACAAGGCCUGGGAGACAAAACAGUCAUGAUAAUUAUCUAAAUCAAACAUUUUUUGUAUCUUGAUAAAAGGUUUUUGAGGUAUUUUUGUUACAGUAAUUAUGCGGUGCUGUUCCUCAAUUCGGCGUUAGCAAUAAAAGCUUGAACUUUGGUACUUCAGUACACUAGGUGGCGAUGUAACCAGCAGGACUGUUAGCUAGUCGAGUAAUCCAGCUAACUAAUUUUAUAUAUUCUAUGAUAUAUGUAAAAUAUUUAUUUCAUAUCUACUCUUGUAUAUAUAGUUAGCUAUUUUUGUAUAUUACAUAAAAAAUAGCUUUUAUGUUUUUCAUUGUUAAAGAUAAUAUUCAGAGGUUAGCAAACUAUUUUAAUAUAUUUUUAUAUACAUUCUUAUAUGUGACUAGCCAGCUAAUUUUGUAUGUUACACAAGAAUUAGCCUUUUUUUAUUGUUCACAGUAAUAUUCAGACUUUUGGCAUCAGGAUAUGUAUGCAAUAAUUAUCAGUAUCAAAUAUAUGGAAAAAUCUCUUGCAAUCAGAUGUUUGGCGUUAGCGUCCAGCCCUAGCGGGAACAGAACGAAGAUGUGCUGAGGGCUCCUAGACGACUGGACUGAAAACUUCUGCUGUAGGUCAGACACAGCGCUUUUGCUGUUCCUGGGCCAGUUUUCACUGGUUUGGCACACAGACUGGGACAGACCUCAGAUCAGUGAGGGUGGUCUGGGUGGUCUGAGCUGGAUGAGGAAAAACAAGCACAUUAGCUUUAUUCACACAGUGGCCAUUUUGCCCGUUACUUAACACUCAGGGUGCAAAAUUCAGUUUAACUACUAUGUCUUACUGCUGUCCAAAACGUUUCCCAUAUCACAAUCAGAAUCAUGUUUAUUAGCCAUAUACAUAUAAAAAAUCGGACAAACUUUACUAUUGUUGCCAAUGUUAUGUCAAUAACCUGAAAGCUAGCAGGCUAACUCAGCUAACCUGGCUAACUUAGUCUGGCUACAGCACUUUAAGUGCACGGUCUUAAAGUCAGUAUGUUAGCUAGCUAAAUUAGUCCAACUACAACCUUUUAAGUGCAGCCGGUCUUACCGACAACAGUCUUGCUAGCUAACAUUAACAAAAAUUAGCACAGACCAGCAUAGCUGUUCACCACGCUGGUCUAAUUUUGGUUUCCCAGCUAAACCAGCACUAGACCAGAAUAAAUAAGCUGUUUUUGUCAGCAGGGAUAGCUAACUUAGUCUAACUGCAGCAUUUUUAGUACAAAAAUUUCGCUAGCUAACCUAGCAGACUUCUGAUUAGUGUUUUAAUGCACUGGGUCUUACCACCAACAAGUUAGCUACCUAACCUGGCUAACUUUGUUGUGUACACCAUAUUUUUUUACCUAGCCUGGCUAAUUCAGUCUAACUAAAGCAUUUUAAGAACACUGGGUCUAGCUAGCCUAGCUACACUAGCUCACUUGGCCUAAUUAUGGUCUUUUAAGUGCACCAGGCCUUCAACAAGUUAGCUAGCCUAGCUAGCUUAGUUAUGACUCAUCUUUAUGGUUAGCUGUUUAUAUAUAUUUUUAUAUGCAUUCUUAUAUAUAGUUAGCCAGCUACACAAGAAUUUGCCUGUUUAGCUAACUAACCUAGCUAGCUAAGUUAUGCUUUAUCUUCAUGGUUGUAGCUUUAACCUUCAGCCCAGGUGCUGACCAAUUUCUCACCACGUAUGUGACGUAAUGAGCUGAAUGACCAGCGUGUGAAUAAGCUGAAUGGUUGCGGCGUCUCCUGUGUCUUCAGAUGCUUUAGUGCUGUUUGUCCUGUCAGAUGAUCAGCCAAUGAAUGUAUGUGAAUGGAGAGAGUCUAUACAGAUGUUUUUGUUUUUCGGUAAAGUGGGUGGGGGUAAGUGAUUAUGCUGGUGAGUGAUUGGACUCUUAAGCCGAACCCCGUCUCUGGACUUAACCCGAUCAUGACCCUGACCGUGCUGACGCAGAGACGUGCACCAAAAGACGUUUUUUGUGGGUAAGAAGUCUGUCUAGACUGUCUCCUGUCCCAAUACUGUUGAUGAGUUUGAUGUUACUUUUUUUUUAGCACUGUAAACCCACAUGCUUCAUCCCUCGCUAGUUUAGCACUCUCCCAACCGCUUUGAUUUCAGAUGUAUUUCCUGUUACUUUCCAUGUAGCUAAAUGCAUAUUAAAUUAUAUCAACUGUAUAUUUGACCUUUUCUGUUUUGUUUUUU